AUGGCUCGCAACCGGAGCCCCUCGCCAUCCGACCACUUCCCACUUGGUCACUCGGCGACUUCGCCGCAACCCAUGGUCUCCAAGCGGGACAAGCGACGUACGAUGCUGGCCGACAAGCUCUCGGAGAUGAUGGCCUCGUUCUCAGACAACAGGGAUUCACACUACAGGGCCCAGCUCGCAGCGCUUCAAGCCGACUUGAACCUCAUUCUCAAGGCUGACCCUUAUGCCAACAAGCCGCUUGAGGAUGGUGGAGAGGAAGCCGCCGAGCUGAUUUCGCAGAUCAUGGGCAGUAAUCUCCCUGCUGCGCCGAGCGCUGGCACCGACUAUAUCGCUCAGGUUGGGAAACACUACGCGCGCUUCGUCGAAGCUGUCAACGAUUCCCUGGAGGAGCGUGACUUCAACCUCACUAUGCUUUGGAACAAGCACGAGAACAUGAAGAACGAGAUCGAGAACGCGCAUCUCUACAAAGUCCAAAUUGCUGAGCAAGAGCACAAGCUGCUCGCUGACACGAUCCGAGAACGCCUCACGGCAAGCCUCACAGCUAGAACUACACGGCUCAAGCGAGAAAAGGAGCAAUUAGACCUCUCCGACAGCAAUGCCAUGCUUCUCCAUCCUAAUCAGUUUAGUAUCACGCACCCGGCGAGCCCCGGUGGCCCGCAGGCUCCACGAAAAACCCGCAGGACGGGACACAAAUUCGGUGACCAAGAGGAUAUGGCGACCGGAACUGAGAAUAAGAGAAAGCGGAAGCUUUUCGAAGAUAACGAAAAUGAUUCCCCUGGCCCGUCAGGUCGGAAUGUGGAUCUUGGCGUAGGCUCACCGUUCCGCGAGGCAAAGGCGAAGACCAUGCACGCUCAGUUUGAAGCUUCUGCUUACUCCCUCGAACGACUCUUCACCGAGAAAGAGCUCAAUAUGGCGAUGAACCAUGCGACCGUCGCUGCUUCAAACUUCUUCGCUAAAAUGAAGAACCCAGACAAUGCUCAGGAUUCCGCUGCGAACGGUACGAAUGGCGUCAAUGGUGACCAUGCUUUUGAUCACGGAGACGGCGCUGAUGCUGACCACGACUCUGAUUCUCCGCCCGGUCCCAUUGAUAUGGGUCGCCAAGUUUCGUCAAAUCCUCAUGCUACCCGUGGGGCAACGCGCUCUGCUAUGGGACCAGCGGGAAUUGCAAAUGGUCGCUGGCCCUUCAUUGUCAAUCCACCAUACAUCCUUCCCGCAAACAUUGCGUCGAAAGUAAACGCCUCUGCUCCGCCACCGGCCCCACUGGCCCCGCAGGACGCUGAGCAGGAUCUCAUGUUGAUGAUGCGCGACGCUCCGCCAGACGAUACCCUCAACGAGAAGUUGCUCGCUGCAGCUGUCGCCCCGAUCAAAGCACGAGAGUACCAAGUCCAACCCCCUGGCUUUCAGCAACCCGUCCCCGAGAUUACGAGCCAGAUUCGUGCCAUCGCCCCGCACCUCGAAGUUAGCACAAUGGGAGGCAUUCCUAUGAGCGCGCAGAGCAGUAUGGGCGGCUAUAGCCGCGCUAGUACACCGAGACCUCGGCGCGGAGUUUAG